GAGAGUUUAUUAUUAUUGCUGCAUCUAUUAACAGGUCUAUAUCUUCCCAUCCCUUAAUUCUCUUUGGCUCCCUAAGGCAUCAUGGUUACCAUAGCAGCUAGAUGCUGAUGAUGCCUUCAGGGGCAGGAAGGUGAAGCUGAACCAGCUCCCAGGUCCUUGCCUCCACAUGCCCUUUGCAGGCCAGAGUGACUUGGGCUGAAGCUCAGCCUCUUUCAGGCCCCCCAUCCUGCCUCGGGUACUGAGACCGACAAACCCUGCCUCUGCAGCCUCAGUUCGGGGCCCUGAAACACCCCCUAGGAGACUCUCUCCUCCCCAAGCUCUGUCUCUUGGCACCCUGCCUGGUUGCCGUGGAAACAGGUUCCACUGCGGACAAAGGAGGGAGCUGGGUCCUGCUUGAUUCCAGUCCUGUCGAUGAGGAUUUUUAGACCGUGGAGACUGCGCUGCCCUGCCCUGCACCUGCCCUCGCUCUCUGUAUUCUCACUCAGGUGGAGCCUGCCCACCCCCGCCACUGACGAGACCAUGUGUAAAAGCGUGACCACAGAAGAAUGGAAGAAAGUCUUCUACGAGAAGAUGGAGGAGGCAAAGCCGGCUGACAGCUGGGACCUCAUCAUAGAUCCCAACCUCAAGCACAAUGUGCUGGCCCCUGGCUGGAAGCAGUACUUGGAAUUGCAUGCCUCGGGCAGGUUCCACUGCUCCUGGUGCUGGCAUACCUGGCAGUCGCCCCACGUGGUCAUCCUCUUCCACAUGCACCUGGACCGUGCCCAGCGGGCAGGCUCCGUGCGCAUGCGCGUCUUCAAGCAGCUGUGCUACGAGUGCGGCACCUCGCGGCUGGACGAGUCCAGCAUGCUGGAGGAGAACAUCGAGAGCCUGGUGGACAACCUCAUCACCAGCCUGCGUGAGCAGUGCUAUGGCGAGCGUGGUGGCCAGUACCGCAUCCACGUGGCCAGCCGCCAAGAUAACCGGCGGCACCGCGGCGAGUUCUGCGAGGCCUGCCAGGAGGGCAUCGUGCACUGGAAGCCUAGCGAGAAGCUGCUGGAGGAGGAGGCGACCACCUACACCUUCUCCCGGGCGCCCAGCCCCACCAAGCCGCAAGCCGAGGAGGGUUCAGGCUGCAACUUCUUCUCUAUCCCGUGGUGCUUGUUUUGGGCCACGGUCCUGCUGCUGAUCAUCUACCUGCAGUUCUCCUUCCGCAGUUCCUUCUAGGAUUCCCCUUGGUGGGCCCGGGGGCACUCUAAGGUCCCAAGGCCUGUAGGGGCCAGCCAGCUAGUGCGAGGGGGCGAAGAGAGACCUGGGUUGGGUGGGAGUGGGGUUGAAUUCUAGCCCUGGUGCCGCCACUGACUCGGUGGGGACCCUCGACAAAUCACCUAGUUUUUCCAUCAAUAAAAUUAAGGAUUUGGGCUAGACCAUUGGUUUUUCAAAGUGAAACCCAGGGCCUCAACGUUCUGCAUAGGUCCCUCAGGAACUUUUGGAUUUGGAAGGUAGUCUGAGUAAGUGGGCUUCCUAUCCUGGUCAAACCAGCCAUCCCCAACUCCUACCUCCUCUCUUGCUUUAAUCAGAACAGCUCCGUCUUAGAUGGAGUUCCAUUUGAGAGUUUUGUAUGAAAAAAAUUCAACUGCUUUAAAAAAUUUUGAAAAUUACAGGAUGAGGUGAUCUCAAAGGUCUUUCCACAGUGAUGAGCUCAUCCUUGCUUUCUUAACUCUGCACCCCUACCCCUCAUUAUCUCCCACACCUGGAGCUGCAGCCUUAAAUUAGCCUCUGCCUAGUGUGUGAGUCUCAUCCACGGCUCUGCCUCCAUGCACACAGCAGAGGUUCCUCUUGAAGAGAGAGAGGUGGGGGCACUAGGCUGUCCCUUUGUUGCUGGGCACCCAGGGUCCCUUCUGUUCCCCACACUCCCAGCUUCCCCCCACUCAAGGUGGAUUCUGGGGUCUGCCUGGCUCAGAGAUGGUGGUUGUGGUGGAGUCCCACAGAGCUAGGCUUUCCAUCCAUUGAAUAUGAAGUGGCCCAGAAUUUAGGGGAGGUUAGAAGAUAGAGUGUUAGAAGCAAAGCACAAAAUCUCUAGCAAACAAAUAUAAUGACUUUCCAUUAUAAUGAAGAGUCUUCAGAGUUCAGGGACCAGAGGUCAGGGACCAAGUCUGCCUGAUUCUCAGUGGCUCUGAUGGCCAGAACACAGGAGCAGGGGCCUGGCCUCCUGGGCCCUUUGCUGCAACCCUCACUGGGGGGCUUUCUUACAUGGCCAUGCAUGGGCCCUCUCACCAAAGAUCAGCUGUCCACCUAGAA